GCAAAAAAAAGAAAAAGUUAAAUUCCCCGCGUUUCUAGGGUUAGGGUGGAGCGCUGCCGCCGGCCUCUUCCGAGCUCCGCCGACCCACCGCAGACGACUCUCCCGAGCGCCGUCGACCCACGUCCCUCCCGCGCGGCGCCGUUGGCUCCCGUCCCUCCCUCCUCCUGCACGGCGCCGUCGGCCCACGUCCCUCCCUCUCCCGCGCGGCGUCGCCGGGCUGUCUCUAACGCCCGCCGCCGGCCAGGCUUCUCUUCCGCCCGAAGACAGUGUCGCCGCCGCCGCCGUUUGUUGAAAGCACGAGCGCCAGCGCCGUUGUCUGCCCCACUAGAGGAUUUGUGCUUCUUUUUUCUUAUCUAUAAUGGAUAACAAGGGUAAAGUGAAAAAGGAAACAGAUGGCUCCCUUCCACCCCCUCGCAAGGGAGGGCUUAAAUUUGCACCCAAGGUUCGUCCUAAGAAACCUCCAAAGGUCAUCCCGAAAACGAAGCCGGCUGACGAAAGCAAGGAUGAAACCGUAGAUAAAGAAUUGCUGAUGAAACUCAAGACAUCGCAGAGCAUAGAUCCCUUUGCGAGAAAAGUUAAGAUCGAGAAAAAGGAAAUGCAUACGCAAGUUGCAUUUGGACAGGGGAACUCAUCAUAUGCAAGAUCAUUUCCUAUGCCAAGAACCUCAGCAGAUGGAUCAGCUUCUAAAUUACCAAAAGACUAUGUCGAGCCAUGGGACUAUUCUCACAGUAACUAUCCUGUUACUCUCCCACUGAGGAGACCCUAUUCUGGAGAUCCUGAAAUUCUUAAUGAAGAGGAGUUUGGAGAGUCUUCUUCCACCAGAGACCAAGAUGGUGAAUUAACCGCAGCAGAAGAACUUGGAUUAAUGGACCGGUCAGACGAACCACAACUGUUUUUCUUCCAAAUGCCUACAUCUCUUCCAUUACCAAAGCAACCAGACUCAGUUGCUGAGAAAGACACAGGCGCUGGGGCAGAUGCUAAACCUAAAAACACAGGCUCCAAGCUGACACAUAAAGAUCCAGUAACAAGACCAUCAUCACUCGUUGGCUCUAGGCUCAAAGAGCUUCCAGGAGGUUUCAUCGGCAAGAUACUUGUAUAUAAGAGCGGUAAAGUGAAGAUGAAGAUCAACGAUUUACUCUUUGAUGUCUCUCCGGGUUCAGAUUGCAAGUUUUCCCAGGAGGUUGCGGCAAUUAACACCAGAGAAAAGCACCUGUGCGCCCUGGGAGAGAUCAGCAAGCGUGCGGUUGUUACCCCGGACGUCGAUCAUCUGCUGGAUUCUUUGGACAAGAUGGAAGAAUAAGUCAGAUUAAAGUGUAUGAGAAAUAUGAUUAGUCUUUUUUUUUUCUCUCUAACCAUUGGCUAGUAAAAUUUGGUUAACCUCGUGGAAAUGCUCCUUCAAUGUAUGUUUCUAUGUUUGAGCUUUUCCCGGACAGGCCCAAAUUCAGGCCCAGUCUGCUUGAAACAGGCCCAUUCGACAGUGCAGCCAGCAAAGGCCGAUGAUGGCCCCUAGCAGCCUUCCUAGAAGCAAAAUUUGUGAUGCUAUGGUUUCAUUGUCCCUGUCUGGUCGUCAUUCGUCAAUUUGGAAAACAAUGCUCAAGGUACUGCUACAGAUGCAGCAGUGAGCUAGCAAAAUCAUAUUAUGUUAGAGUAUCAUUAUCUAGCAUGUCAAAAAUUUGUAAUAUACAUUAUACUAAUUAAAUGACAAGAGUAUCGUGGUUGAUACAUAAAGUUGGAUUCUUAGCCUGUAGUCAUUUCU